AUGGAUAUAGGAGCCGUUCAGGAUGGUGGUUUAUUUGAUAUAGGCGCCGUUCGGGAGGGUGGUUUAAUGGAUAUAGGCGUCGUCCGGGAGGUUGGUUUAUUUGAUAUAGGCGCCGUUCAGGAGGGUGGUUCAGUUGAUAUAGUCGCCGUUCAGGAGGGUGGUUUAGUUGAUAUAGGCGCCGUUCAGGAGGGUGGUUUACUUGAUAUAGGCGCCGUUCGGGAGGGUGGUUCAGUUGAUAUAGUCGCCGUUCAGGAGGGUGGUUUAGUUGAUAUAGGCGCCGUUCAGGAGGGUGGUUUACUUGAUAUAGGCGCCGUUCGGGAGGGUGGUUCAGUUGAUAUAGUCGCCGUUCAGGAGGGUGGUUUAGUUGAUAUAGGCCCCGUUCAGAAGUGUGGUUUAGUUGAUAUAGGCGCCGUUCAGGAGGGUGGUUUCAUGGAUAUAGGCACCGUUCAGGAGGGUGGUUCAGUUGAUAUAGGCGCCGUUCAGGAGGAUGGUUUCAUGGAUAUAGGCGCCGUUCAGGAGGGUGGUUUACUUGAUUUAGGCGCCGUUCAGGAGGGUGGUUUAGUUGAUAUAGGCGCCAUUCAGGAGCGUGGUUUCAUGGAUAUAGGCGCCGUUCGGGAGGGUGGUUCAGUUGAUAUAGGCCCCUUCAGGGUGGUGGUUUAG